CCAGCAAAAGCUUCAAAACCCCCCAAAAGAUCAUAUAUCAAGAUGACAGGUUCUGGUUCUCCUUGUGGAGCUUGCAAGUUCCUGAGAAGGAAAUGUGUGAGGGGUUGUGUUUUUGCUCCUUAUUUCUGCCAUGAACAGGGAGCAACCCAUUUUGCAGCCAUUCACAAGGUUUUUGGUGCAAGCAAUGUAUCGAAGCUGCUUACUCACCUCCCAGUGAGUGAUCGUUGUGAAGCGGCAGUCACAAUCUCAUAUGAAGCUCAGGCUAGGCUUCAAGAUCCUAUUUAUGGCUGUGUUUCACAUAUUUUUGCUCUCCAACAGCAGGUUGUCAGUCUACAAGCUCAACUAGCAUAUCUUAAGCAAUUACAAGCAGUUGAUCAUCAAAGCUUUGUCAAUGUCUCUGACAGUGCAAACCCUAAUGAAAAGUACUAUGGAAAACCUUCUCACCAUCAAGAUGUUCAAAGUUGGUUUCAGUCAGAAACUACAAACAUGGUGCCACAAUUCAAUCCAAACACCAGUGAUAAUGCCUCACUGACUCCUCCAGAUUAUGAGAAUGUGUUGAUCAUGGAAAACUCUUUCGGGAACUAUGGAAAUUCAAUCAUCCCUGAAGAAAAUGCCUCAUAUGCUAGCUAUGAAGAGGCUUCUCAUUCCAUGCAUAUAAACAACUGGCAAUGGGCUCUCCAAGAUGCCGGUGACCUUGAGUCAAUGGCCUUCAGCUACAUCCAGCAUUCAUGAAGAGAUGGGCCUUAUAGCAGGAGAGACGUAUAAUCGGUGAAGAGGACUUGUCAAUAUUUUUGAAUUGCUGCUGCAUACUUUGAAGGAUGCACUUUUGUUGCCAUAAAUAAGCUAGAAACCCUAGAAAUGUUUAUAUACAAUUGGAAACCUUAAAAUCAACCCUAUGAUUGUUUUGUUCAAUCUAGUGUAAUCUUGGAUAUGAG